AGUAUGUACUGACCGCUAUACUGCUAGGCGAAGAAAUACUCCGAAUUCAUUGCAUCGCCUAGUACUAGCCAAAUCACGGGUGGCCGGGUAGCGAUGGAAGCCCAUGUACUCCCCUUGGCCAAUGUGUAGAUGCUAAUUUCAGACGAAGGCAUAGAAAAGAGAGCCUAUGCCGUCUCUUACAAUGCCUCUUUUUCCUCUUUCACUCCCAUCAAGCUUCGGCCAAGAUAGUCACUCUUUUGUGCUUUCGGCAUCAUCAUUCUUUUUUGGAAUAUUUACUAUUCCAGUCCAUUCUUUAAGCAGUUGCUGUUUUUUGCGAAGUUUGAUAAAAAAUGCGUUUCUCUACCCACGGCUCCGCGGCCGUGGCCAUGGCGGCCCUCGCCAGCGCCACUGCCCCGGUCUCUGAGCGCCAUCUCCUUGACCUCGACGUUUCCAAGGACCUGAGCCAGCCCAUCUCUGCUAACGUCGAUUUGGGUGUGGACUUGAGCGGUACUACUCUCGUCGCCGGUGUUGUUGCCGGUGUGGCCGUUCCCCCUCUAGUUGGUGUUGGUGCCGAUGUCGAGGUUGCUGUUGUUUGUGACACUUGCUACACCAAGGGUAACAUUAACGCCAGCAUCUCCCUGGACAACGUUGUCCCUGCUCUCAGCCUGACUCUCAAGGACAUCGAGGCCAAGCUCGACCUCGACAUCAGCAUUGGCGCUGCCGCCGUCAUCGCUGUUAACCUGUUCACCCCUCCCGCCCCUAUCUCUCUCCCCCUCCCUGGUCUUAAGGUUGAUGCUCUUAUCUCCCUUGACCUUGUCCUCGGUGUUGAUACUGCUAUCGACCUGUCCGCUGGUAUCGACCUGAAGCUCGUGGAGGAUGCUACGAUCGAGACCGACAUCUUGGCCGGAAAGAUCCUGGAUGCUGCUUUCUCUGGACUGUCCGUCCAGGUCCUACCCAUUGAGGUCCGAAUCGGCUGCACCAAGCUGUUGGCUGAUCUCCGUCUCCGUGUUGAACUUGGUGUUGCUGCCGAAGUCGACAUUGACGACAUCAUCCCCAUCCUUGACCUCCCUGAGAUCGGUGCCGGUCUCGAGGUUGCCGUCUUCGCCAACUUGCUUGAGUACGUCGGUUUCUUCUGCGCUACCCCGUCGUGCCCUCUCUCCAAGGAGUCGUAUGGCCUGAACGUUGGUGCUGCUGUGGAGCUCGAUGUGUCUGUGGAGGACCUCCUUUCCAUCCAUCUUGCUCCUACCAUCUCCACUGCUCUCCUCAGCUACCCUACGACUACUCUCUGCGAGCAUCCCUCGUACACCCUGUCGGUCCCGACUCUUACCGCUACCUCGGCUUCCGCCUCCAUCACUGGCACUGCUUCUGCUUCUGAGUCCGGAUCCGGCUCUGCCUCUAUCACUGCUACUGGCUCCGGCUCUGCUUCCGCUUCCGGCUCUGCCAGUGCUCCCGGAUCUGGUUCCGCUAGCGGCUCUGGUUCUGCCACUGCCCCCGGCUCUGAAUCUGGAAGCGCCACUGGUUCCGGCUCCGAGUCCGCUACUGCCACCGCUCCUGGUUUCCCCAUUGGUACUGGCUCUGUCACUUCUGCUACCUCUGCUACCCUACCGGUCUCUUCUGCCAUCCCUACCGAUGGCUCUAUCACCUCGACCGUCACCAACACCCAGACUUUCACCAUCACUCAGUGUGCUGCUUCCGUGCCUAACUGCCCCGCUGGUUACGCUACCACUGCUACUCUCAUCCACACUACCGUCUACACGACCGUGUGUCCUGCUACCCAGACUGGUGCUAUCACUGCUCCCCCGCCGAAGCCCACUCACAGCAAGUCUGCCACUCCUGUGACCUUCACCAAGACUAUCGUGACUCUUGUCCCUUGCUCCGAGGCCUCGACUUUCACUCCCCCCACCAACAUCCCUACUGCUCCUUACCCCACCGGUGGCAAGGCUGUUCCCAGCACUAUCACUGGUCCCAGCGGUCCUUCUCAGAGCAGCCCUGCUGGUGCUCCUUCUGCCAGCUACCCCGCUAGCUCCGGCUUUGGCUCCGUUACCGUCCCCGGUGGCAAGCCCCCCGGAACCUACCCUCCCGGUGGUAACUCUAACACUGUCCCUACUGGUACUGCCAGCAGUGUUCCCGGUGGCCCUGUUUACCCUACUGGUGGCUCACCUUCUGGCCCGGCUUUCCCCACCGGCGGCUCGCCUUCUGGCCCUGCUUUCCCUACUGGUGGAUCGCCUUCCAGCCCCGCCACCCCGACCGUUGUGCCUCCUUACCCCACUGGCCCCAUCGGCGGUGGUUCCAACAACACUGUGCCCGCCGUUGCUCCUACGUCUCCCCAGACUUUCAGCACCUAUGUGCCCACCUACGCGCCCAGCGCCAGCCCGGUCAACCCGGCGUCCUCUGGAUACCCCACCAUUCCGGGUGAGACCCCCAUCCCGACUGCCGGUGCCGCCAAGGUUGGCAGCGGUAUCGCUCUCGCCGCCGCCGGUGCUUUCUUCGCCCUUCUAUAAGGGAUGAAGUAAAAUAUAUAUAUAAGGAUGUAGUUAGAAUAAGGGGAAGGUCUUCUAAUAUGUAAUGUUUCAUUGGAAAGCAAGCGUUAAACGUGUUAUCAUAGCUUGGGUAUAUAUACAUUGUACCAUUUAUGUUCAUGACAGCUUGUAGAUUUAAAGAAUCUUGGCCGUUUACUGUUUUUGUGUUACUGCGUGAUAUGAUCUGUGUUAAUAUUUAUCUAUCUACUUGGUGCUUAUGUCGUGAUGAGUGGUUAUUAAGGCGACUUAUAUCAA